GUCAUUGAAUGCACCGUGAAGCCGCUCACACGCUUCACCGUACGAGGCGGGCACUCGGUUUUUGAGUGAAGAUGGCGCGACUGAGCCUUUCCGAAGCGUAGCUAGCGUGACCGCAGUGUUAACACUGGAUCAUGACAUGUCUGGUAACGUUACUUACAUGUUCUGACUUUCCUCUAACUGUCACUUACUGCGCGUUAUUUUGCUGAAUGUUUGCUCGGGAGCAUGGUUACGUUGUUUUACUCUUGAUGGGUUAGCUCUAAGUUAACGUUAGCCAAAGUCUGUUCAGACAAGUUGUAAUGUCUUGAUGAUAGCAUAAACAGAACAUUGCUAACAUACUACUUGAAGUAUUGUAAGCACGUUCCUCGCUUGUUCCUCAAAAGGAAACUAAUAUAGAAAUCACAGUCUGACUGCUGUGAGUCGUCGAGUGACGUGUGGAGUGUUUACUUAGUGGACCGAGCUAACCAAGUCAGGCUAUUUGGGCGAACACGGAUUAGCUAGUGACGAAAUAACCCGGGAAGAUGUUUAAUCAUAAGGCAGGUCGAAUCUACAUUUUUACUACAAGGCCCAUGUGCAAUACAUCAAAACCUGUUCUACAAAUGAAAUCCUAAUUCUCCUACAUGUCUUCUUACGGUCAAUAGGGGAGAGUGGGGUAAGUUGAGCCACCCCCUGUUUCUUGGAAAUGGUAAAAGAAAUUGAUCAUGUGACCAAAUAUUUAGGACAUGGGCAUCAAUUCAUGGAGUCUGUGAAGGGUAGAAGCACAUGGGGGAAGGGGUUAGACAUUCAUUUACAAAAAUAAAAAUUCACUCUUGAAAGUGAAUUUAGUCUGUCACAAGUUUUAUUAGAAUUGUGUUCAGACCGAAUAAGAUCAUUUUAAAUUUGUUUUCCACAUCAAAUUGUGGGAUCUAUGAGCUACAACAUGAGGUCAAAAACUUAGCAUAAAAGUCCACCGUUUUAGCUUAGAGGACUAAUAAAGUCAUAACAGUAGUUCUGGGGUAAGUUGAGCCAGUGGCUCAACUGAGAAAGUAAAGAAGUGAUGAGAGGAUCAGAGUUUCAGUUCAGAUUGUUGAAAUGUGUUACUUUUUCUUUUCAGAAAUACAGCCGUGAAUGUUCCGAAUCACUUAAAGACAUUCUCAUGUUUAAAUGACUUUUUACAAAACAGCUUUUUAGCAGUUAUAUCCAAUAAUAAUAAAAAGAAUUAUUGUACCAUUUGAAUAGUGUAUAAUAGAUAAAGAUACACAUGAAUGUGAAAUAGUGACUGUUAUUUAGGGAGAGAGAAGGUGAGGGAGGGCUGGGGUGUAGAGUGGGGGGGUAGUAGGGAUACGGCUCAACUUACCCCACUCCUAUGAUCAACGUACCCCAUACACAGGGUAAGUUGACCAUAGAAGACCACUUUUUUCGGCAUGCUAUAUUAUCAAGACAGUUAUGUUUGCACUCAUUCUGUUGGUUUUCAGGAAUGCACGCCAUCUUAAAAUAUAUGCAGAUACACUAGUUAGAAACAAAACUAUGAUUGCCUUGAUGUAGUGAUCCGAAAUAUGAAAAAUGGCUCAUCUUACCCCACUCUUCCCUUCAUGUCUUCUUACGACCAAUAAAUGACACCAAACUGAACAUUAAAAGCACUCACAAAUUGUGUAUGAAAAUAUGAGUGACAGGUAUUUGAAUGUGUGAUUAGGACAGGAGGAAAUAACUCAUUCAACUGUUUAAUUAUGCAUCCAUCCUAUUACAAGAGAAAGUUAGUGUUCUUUAAAAUGAAAAAUAGAUGAAAAAUUAUUGGUAUCCACCAAAAUAAGAUUGGAAGUAGCAGCAAAAACCUAUAUCAAGCAUCCCAAAUAGGAAGUUUUUUGGCUAUGAGCAGUGCUGAUCCUGCAUCUGUUGUGACUGUAAAUUAAGCCAGCUAAUCUUAACUUCAUUCUUCAGAUGUUCCAGGUCUCCUUUUUUAGAGAGAGACACUGAAAAGCCUCUAAUGAUGUCCGUGGCAGUGGAAACAACAAUAACAAGGAUGCCUCUACCUAUCCCAACAUACUUCUCCCAAGCAGAGCAGUCUUUCUCCCUCAAAAAGCGCAGGCAUCCUUGCUCCUCUUCAUCUGCAUCCAACUCGCCGUACUCUUCUCCUACCCAGCUCUCACACUCUGUGCCCCCACUGCCACCAUCCAAGGGAUGUCCCCCUCUGAGACGGUUGUUCCCACAGCAUCUAUCUCCUUUUACACCUCUGUCUGGUUCCCUUAGUAAGUCUCCCCCUCCCAGUUCUGUUUAUGAUCCGAGCAAACAGCAGACCUAUUUCAGUCAGUGCUUCACCAACCUGGGCCUGCUGGGAAGAGGAUCAUUUGGUGAGGUCUACAAGGUGAAGAUUUUUUUUAAUUGUGUUAAUGUGUUAACAAAAAAGAAAUUAAAUACAUAUACUGGAUUUCACUCCCUAUGACCAAGAAUCCAAAAUAAAAUGUAUUUCCUCAACAUAACUUUUCUGUUUUUCUAGGUGCAAAACAAGAAGGAUGGUCACCAGUAUGCAGUCAAGCGCUCAGCUCAUCGCUUUAGAAGUAAAAGUGAAAGGAACCGGAGUGUUAGGGAAGCCAGGAAUCAUGAGUGUCUGUGUCCUCAUCCUCACAUCCUUGAUUUUGUGGCAGCCUGGGAGGAGCAGGGUCGACUGUACAUUCAGACGGAGCUGUGUAGUACCAGCUUGCUGCUCCAUGCAGAGAACCAGCCUGGUCCAGGUCUGUCAAAAAGAGACAAUAAAAUCUAUCUUAAUGCUGCAUACUAAGCUAUCAGGUUUAACUGAAUGUAACAAACAUUUCUUGCUUCACGAAACUCUCGGUAACUCUGCGUCUCUCUUGUUUAAAACAUUAUUAUCCAGAUGAGCCUGCAGCCUGGGCUUACCUGUGUGACCUCCUGUCAGCGCUGCAACACCUUCACUCUCAUGGAUUUGUGCAUUUGGACCUGAAGCCUGCCAACGUCCUCAUGACUGCCUCUGGUCGUCUUAAGCUGGGUGACUUUGGGCUGCUGCUUCAGCUGAAACAGAAAAGUUCUGAGUCUUUUGAGGAGAAGGGGAAAGAGGAGGCCCAGGAGGGAGAUGCCAGAUACAUGGCACCUGAGCUGCUUCGUGGGGAGUAUGGAGCUGCUGCUGAUGUAUUCAGGUGGGAAUACUUUAAUUCAGGAAUAAACAGCAUUUUCAAGUGUAAAAAAAACCUUAAAUUAGUUUCAUUCUUUUCUUAUAGUUUGGGUGUUUCUAUUUUGGAGUUGGCCUGUAAUAUUGAGGUUCCAAAUGGUGGAGAUGGCUGGCAACAACUCAGACAAGGCUGCCUUCCUUUAGAGAUUACCAGCGGUAAGAUAAGCUUUCAUUUAAGAUCUAAUCAUUUUUUUCACAUCUGUCAUUUCAGUUUGUAAUAAUCUUUUGUAGGUUAUUUAGUACUUAAGCUGCACUCUUGGCCAGGACUCCCGAUUCAAAGGGGAUCUUUUAUCUCCAUGGAUCGUUUUGACAAAGAAAAUGAAUGAAAUGUUGGUGUAUAUUCACAGGACUUUCAGUGGAGCUACAGACAGUUCUGCAGAUGAUGCUGGCUCCAGAUCCAUGUGACAGGCCAACAGUCUCUGAGCUCCUCGCUCUCCCAUCUGUCUGGAAACGCAGGUGGAAAAGACGCAUUUAUCUCAUGGUGGCUGAGACUGUGUUGACACUAGUUUCUUUCUGCCAGGUAAUGUCUUAUACAUCCUUUUGAAAGUAAACUUUGGUAUAUGUUUAAGUAACUGAAAAUGUUGAAGCAAAGAGUAUUGACUGCUGCUUUCUGUCACAGGAGUCAUAUUAGUAUUUUUUAUAUUUUUCUGGUCUGUAGUCGGUGUUGUGCUGUGGCUGCAGACUUCUGUCUUCCCUUCCUACUCUUCCCUUUCUUCCCAAUUGGAACAAGCCGGUACCCUGCACUCCUCCUAAGGACAGCUGGGACAGGGAUCUAACUCUGCCCUUGAGUGCCAUGCACGCUGAUUCAGGGAGUCCAGAGGAUGAUGCAGCAUUUGUGUUUGACGCCACAGACCCUGAGCUUUCCCCAACCCUCUCCCACAGGUACAAACACAUUUAAUUGAUAAGCUUGUCACCUACUGCUUUUAUUCUCAGAAAGUUUCCAUUGAUAUAAAUAUACAGCAACAGCAAACUAAAAAAUUAAUUUCUGUUUUCGUACGAAUGAUCCGAUUUUUUUAUUGUCAUCCUUGAACAGACUGAGAUCCAGACUGUCUGUGGAAAGCACAUCCACUCCUCUCCCAGCUUCACCCACCAGUCGUCUGAGUCUGGCCCACACACCCACUCAUUCAAAUGGGAGCGAUUGGUUCUCCUGUAACUUGGCACACACACCCUCCAGCAUUCACUCUAAUGGUUCCUGCCGCACUCUCACACCCAACGGGAGCCCAAUGCCUACAGGAAUUCACACACACAGCAUGAUUGAGAACUCCACUCACAGCCAGCACACUUCAUCCAUCAGGUCCUCGCAGAGGCGACGCAUCUGGGUCAGGUCUGAUGAGUCUUUACCUCGACCCAACAUUGAACCAAAGAACCUGCUUAGCUUGUUUGAGGAAUCAACGCUGGACGGAGAGCCUUGAGUUUACAUACAGGAGCCAGAGUUUUUCUCUUGAAAUGUUUAGUGACACUGACCUGAUGUCUGAAUUUACCUAGUGUUCUGCUUCGUUUGUACAAACUGCUUCUGCCAUUUUUCAACAAUUCUACAAAGGCUUCUUCUGACAUGUAUUUUGAGAGAAAACAGUAAAGAAAACUGGUUUUGUUGUGUAUUCAAACCUUAAAGCACUUUUUAUGUUUGUGUAGGUGCAAUCUGUUGCUGAAAUGACAAGUCAUGAUAUGUUGUUAAAUAAGUUAAAAUUUCCUUGGUAUACUUCCUGACCUCAUGAGUCCCAAAAUAAAAUAAACUGGGAAGGGAAUCAUA